UGCCUGCUGAUAUAUAAGCUGCAUCUCAUAUAUGAACAUGAACAGCAAUGUGAGAGGCACAAGAGAGGAGGGAAAGAAAAAGAUGAGUUAUCAGUAUUUCAACCAUAGCCAUCUCCUGCUUUCCUUGAGACUGGAUGAAGGCGAAGAGAUCAAUUGCAAGGCUUGUGACAGACUCAUAGCUGAACAUAUAUUCUAUGGCUGCAUUGCCUGCAAAUACUACCUCCAUGACCGGUGUCUCAACUUACCUCGCUGGAUCAAACACCCAUCUCAUCCUUCCCACUCACUCACCCUGCUGCCAGCCCCCACAUACCCAUCUGGAUCCUUCUCCUGCAAUGCUUGUGGCUCAGCUGCAAACUCCUUCAGCAUGAGCUGUGCUGAAUGUGAGUUUGAUCUUCACCUUCACUGUUCCUCUCUGCCCAGCACUGUACUUCUUGAUGCACACCCACAUGAACUGAAGCUGACCUUUGAGUCUCCUUAUGAUGACGAGAAGGUCAGUUUUGUCUGUGAUGUUUGUGGGUCUGUGGCGGACCGCCAUCAGUGGGUGUACUACUGUGCUGAAUGUGACUUUGGGACCCACUUGGAAUGUGCCACGGCGGCGGUUGAGCAGCCAGGGAUGGAGGAGCCGGCCAGCGGUGAGGUGGCUGAUCAGUCCCAGACUGAUCAGCCAUCUGGGUCAGAUGAUGGGGCUAAUAAUCCCUUUAAGCAAGUGGUGGAUGAGAUGAUGGAGAAUCAACUUGAGAUGAUGAGGCUGCAGAAUGAGAUGAACAGGACCAGGAUGUUUGCACAGCUAAUGACUUGGCCUUAUCGUUAAGCUAAUGGGCUCCUUGAAAAUGAAAGAUGGAUGAUGUUACCUGGAUUCAUUUAGCUUUUACUUUCUCUACAAUAAAUCUUGUCAACGAUGAACAGAUUCUCAUCUAUAGCAAGAUAUUGAUUUGUAUCCUUACAUGCCGUUGGUUUUAAUUAGAGCAAUGCAUAAAUUUCUUGUCUUAUGGUGAAUUAAAAAUUAUUAAUCAAAAC